CACUGCAACAGUAGCAGCAACAGCAGCAGCCAUCGCACACACUUAGAUCCUUGAUUCUGUUAUUCACGAUCUUCACUGGCCUCAUGGAUCUUAGUGAGACAGGCGGUAAUUGUUCCAUGUUAAUGGAAUUCAAUUGUCUAUUGUUGAUUGACUCUCUCGCAGCAACCUGAGCUCUCCCUCUCUCUGUCAGGUGCCUUUCGCUAGAAAGGCUGCCAUUUGCUUUUCGAGAGCAAUCCGAAGGUGCAGAUCGCCGUCGAAAAGUGGCAUUCGUGUGGGCUUUUUGUAACGGUGUUUGUGAUUUCGCUUCUGCAGUUGGGGUUUUGUGAAAUAGCAGGCGGCGGUUGUGGAAUAGGAGGAAUUAGUGAUUGGUUUUGAGGUGUUGUGUGUGGAAGAGUGAGCGGAGCAAGGGGAGGAGGGAGUUUGUAGGGGUUAGAAGUAGACAUGGCACGGAGAGUGGGGGGUUUGAAAGCGUGGAAGAAAAGAAGACGUACUGGAGAGCUGGAGAACCAAGUCUAGGUUGAGGUAGAGUCAGUGGGUUGUUGUGACGUUGGGGAAGUACUGGGCGUUAGACUUCGGUUCAGUGCGCUGUUCGAGGCAGGGCAACGUAGACGGUUGCUAGCAUCCUUCGAGAAACCAGGUUGACUGCGUUUUGAAUGGCAAGUGGAAUGAGAACAUGCAGAGCUGUUUUGGAUAAUACCUGCCCAUGUAUUAGAUGCGGAGCGAAUGUCGAUCACGGUUGCUUGAACCGUGAUCAAUCAUUGGAUGAGGUGAGAAAGUGGUUGGAGGACUGCACCUGUGGGGAGGGGCGUUUUCAGAAGAGAAAUGAGGGUCUACACUGAUGAGUAUGUGGUUGUGCGAAAGGGCAAGAACCUUGGGGAUCCAAGUGAGGUAACCAUCAAUUGCCCCGACAAAGUGGGACUUGGUUGCGAUCUGGCACGGGUUGUAUUCGAGUUUGGCCUCAGCGUGACGAAAGGGGAUAUAUCAACCGACGGACGCUGGUGUUUUGUGGCUCUGUGGGUGAUACCCAGAUCGAACCCUUCUGUUGUGCGUUGGUCACUGCUGAAGCAACGUUUGGAGGACGUCUGCCCGUCCGCUCUGGGUUCAAUGUUACCUACUGUAGCUCCUCCUAGACUGGAGUCGAAGAAAAUCCUACUUCUGCAAGUCCGCUCGUCUGAUCGGACCGGCCUCCUCCAUGAUGUUGCACAAAAGUUGUGGGAGAUGGAGUUAACUAUUCACAAAAUCAAAGUAUCAACUAGCCCGGAUGGAAGAGCUAUUGAUUUGUUCUUUGUCACAGAUAAUAGAAACAAAGACCCUUGGAAGAAGAGGGCGGAGGAAGUAACAAAGGAACUGAAGGAAUUUUUGGGGGAGCCCUGUUCACAUUGUGAGAUCAGUCUUGCCGGGCCAGAGUGUGGGGGCUUGACUUGCUCCCCCUUGCCUGCCUCCCUGACCAAAGAUAUAUUUUAUGAUGAUCCUGCAAACUUUGAAAAGGAUUAUAUCACUAGUGAAAAGGAUCAUACCAACAGUGAGAAGGAUCACAUCAGAAGUGAAUGUCAUGAUAACAAUGUUUUUAUUGUCGAGAACAACACUAGCCCUAUUCACAGCCUAUUACAACUCAAUUGUAAGAGCCGAAAAGGUCUAUUGUACGACUGCCUCCGUACCGUGAAGGACUUCAAUUUGCAGGUGGCACAUGGGCGUAUUGCCAUGAUGGAGAAUGGCAACUCUGAGAUCAAUGUAUACGUGUUAGGUCCAAAUGGUCAGAGGAUCACCGAUUUACAAGAGCAGAAAGUUUUGGUGCAGUCUCUGGAAGAGGAAGUUGGGCAUCCUGUGCGGAUUAAAGUGGGGACAAGAGGGCCUGACACAGAGUUGCUUGUCGCCACUUCCAUCGAGAAGUGCGGGAGAGGUCGACCUCGAGUUUUGUAUGACGUUACUCUAGCUCUGAAGAUGCUUGACAUCUGUAUUUUCAAGGCUGACAUCGGAAGGCACUGUUAUCAUGAUAAAAGUUGGGAGAUCUACCGGUUUCUGCUCGUGGACACACAAGAGUCUUCGUUGACAUGCAGCAGAACGCGCAACCUUAUUGUGGAUCGAGUGCGGCACAUUCUACUAGGAUAAAUAUCACUUCGUGUUUCAAUUUUUUUGAUCUCUUACCGACUUUGGGGAGCUUCUUGAAGUGUGGUGCAUGGCAGAGACUCUCACUAAUGUUAACCUUAAUUUGGUAGCAGCUGCUCCCGGAAUAGGCAUAUUAUUAUAGUGUGAGAUAGUAACUGUGUUUCAGAGACGCUGCGGGAUCCAUCCUAAGGAUCUGUUUUUUUGUGCGGCCAGCUUUUCGUCAAGUACUUUCCAGAGAGCUAACAAGUUUGUCAAGUACUGUCUUUGAACCAGUCAGUCAACAAUAGCGCUAUCUUAGAAUCAUAUCCUACUACAAAGGUCAUUAUGUGAUUGUUUCAGGAGACACUUUUCCGAUUGUUCAUGUAACCUAUGUAUAUCUUGUAAAUAUCCAUGAAAGACAACCUUUGAACUAUUGGUGACAA